GAAGGUAUUUGGGUCUCAGCCAUGAGGAGGCGUGGACACUGGAGUUUCUGCAGCGUAGCUUUAGCGUGAGAAACGAAAACUCGGCCAAGGUGUGCAUACGUUUGUUCAAUUUGUUAACAUUGCCGGAAGUCAUGUUUCAGCAUCCAGAUGAAGACACUACAAUGCAGGCAGUAUGUUGCAAAGGACCAGGUGGCCCGGAGAAGCUGUAUUUAGGACGAGUUCCCAAACCCAAACCUAAAGAUGGGGAAGUCCUCAUUAAAAUCUCUGCUACUGCUUUAAACAGGGCUGAUUUAUUACAGAGGAAAGGUCUUUACCCAGCUCCUCCAGGAGCAAGUGAGAUCCUUGGUUUGGAGGCUGCUGGGGUGGUCACUGGUUUUGGCCCUGGACUCAAGGGGAAUUUUAAUCUAGGUGAUAAGGUCAUGGCUUUGCUUUCUGGAGGAGGAUAUGCAGAGUACGUAGCUGUGCCUGAGGAACUUCUCAUGCCAGUCCCUUCACAUCUCACUCUCUACGAAGCAGCAGCAAUCCCAGAAGCCUGGCUGACUGCCUACCAACUUCUGCACUUUAUAGCCCAAGUAAAGGAGGGAGAGUCAGUGUUAAUUCAUGCUGGAGCAAGUGGAGUCGGUACUGCUGCCAUUCAGCUUGCUCGCCUGUUUCAUGCCGUUCCUUUGGUGACUGCUGGAAGUCCUGAUAAGUUAAAGAUUGCAGUAAAACUGGGUGCAGCUGCUGGGUUCAAUUACAAAGAUGGGGAUUUCUCUGAAAAGAUUCUGCAGUUUACUCAAGGUAGAGGGGUUGAUAUCAUCCUUGACUGCAUAGGUGGAUCUUACUGGGAGAAAAAUGUUCGUAGUUUGGCUAUGGAUGGAAGAUGGGUGCUCUAUGGUGUUAUGGGGGGAAAAGCAGUGGAUGGAGACUUGCUUGGCAAACUUUUAUUUAAGCGCGGCCACAUUCUCAGUAGUCUUCUUAGGUCACGGAGUCUACAGUAUAAAGCUGAACUAAUUGGGAGCUUCAUUGAGCAGGCUUUGCCACACUUUCAACCAACAGACCUGUCAAUGUCACUGAGGCCUAUAAUUGACACAAUGUUCAAGAUGGAACACAUUGCUGAGGCACACAGCUACAUGGAGGCCAACAAAAAUACUGGAAAAAUCAUAAUAAAAAUUUCAGAGACUUGAUCAUUUUCUUCAUACUGAUUACCUUUAGGUAAUAUAGUAUAUUUUAAAUUGCAUGCAUCUGGAGAACAUUCAGAAACAUUUUUAUGACACAUGCAAUAAAGAUCAAAGAUCAAAUUAUUACAAGAUUGCUCACAUCUAGGUCAGCUGAUAUUCAACAUUCUUCAGGGGUGUGGACUCAAACCACAUGACUUGAACUCAAGUCAUCAAAAUUUUGUAUUCAUAUCAAUACUUUAAUCUGUUUAAAGCACAUUAUCUGUUCAUUUUGAAUAAUCAUUAGGUCAUCUGUAAUGUGAAAGAACAGCUGAUUUUUACGUUUUACUUCACAGUACUAUAUGAUUUAGGAGAUCUCUAGCGAGUUUGAUAGUUAGCUAACACAAAUUAUCAAGAUUAAAGGGUUGGAAAAAGGCUCCUGGUCUUUCAACACUUCCAGAUCUUUACACUCACAGAAUGGCAUAUUUCUUUCAGGACAUGGCCAUGUCUUGCAGUUUCAUGAUAUUAAUAAUUAAAGAACAUAUUUCUGUUUACUCCUGGCAGAAUGGAUUUCAAAGAAAAUGUCUGUGAAGUUAAAUGCAAAAUGCUUCUCCCUUUGUUGAGGAGACUUUCAGCAUGUCAGCAGUGAUAAUGGUGGUGUAUAUCAAUCCUAAUAACUAGUGGGGGUGUCAGGGAAAAUGGGCCUAGAGUUGAAUAGGACAGAUUAGCAUAUUCACUGACCAGGCAUAAUAUUAUGACCACCUGGGCACCCUGGCUGGUCUGCAGCUAUGCAGCCCCAUACGCAACAAACUGUGAUGCACUGUGUAUUCUGACACCUUUCUAUCAGAUCCAGUUAACUUCUUCAGCAAUUUGAGCAACAGUAGCUCGUCUGUUGGAUCUGAUCACACGGACCAGCCUUCGCUCCAUACGUGAAUCAAUGAGCCUUGGCCACCCAUGCCUGUACCAGGCAUAACAUUAUGACCACCUGCCUAAUAUUGGUGUUGGUCUCCCUUUUGCUGCCAAAACAGCCCUGACCCUUCAUGCAUCGUGUAUUCUGACACCUUUAUCAUAACCAACAUUAAAUUCUUCAGCAGUUUGAGCAACAGUAGCUCGUCUGUUGGAUCAGAUCACAUGGGCCAGCUUUCACUCCCCACAUGCAUCAAUGACCAUUAGUCGCCCAUGACCGUGUCACCGAUUCACCACUGUUCCUUCCUUGGACCACUUUUGAUAGAUACUGACCACUGCAGACCGGGAACACACCACAAGAGCUGCAGUUUUGGAGAUGCUCUGAUCCAGUCGUCUAGCCAUCAACACUUGGCCCAUCGCCAACCUCGCUCAAAUCCUUACUCUUGCCCAUUUUUCCUGCUUCUAACACAUCAACGUUGAGGGUAAAAUGUUCACUUGCUGCCUAAUAUAUCCCACCCACUAACAGGUGCCAUGAUGAGGAGCUGAUCAGUGUUAUUCACCUCACCUGUCACUGCUCAUGGCUGAUCGGGGUAUAUGUGACGUAUUUAUUAUAGUAAAAUCACUUCAUAGGUGCUUCAUACACAUGAAAAAAAAAUACUGAUAAUUAUAAUAUUUAACACUGAUAGAUGUUUAUAUUUUAAAUGACAUUACAUUUGUUUAAAUCUGUUGAGAAAUGUGUUAUGUUUACACAUCAGACUUUGAGGUGUGCCUUCGCCUCAUUUGGCU